AUGUCUCGCUGGAUCCGGUCCUUCUCAACUGCGGCCUCGUCCCUGUUGGCAGACGCCCCCCACUCCCUUCGGCAACCAUCGUCCUUCCCAGUCUUCCGCGAUGUCCCCCCAAUCCGCAAAUUCCGCCGCCAACUCCUGCAGAAGGACCGCACAGUGGGCUUCGUGCCCACAAUGGGCGCCCUGCAUGAAGGCCAUAUCUCUUUGAUCCGGCAUGCAGCACGCGAGAAUACAGAUGUCUUUGUGAGCAUCUAUGUCAAUCCCACCCAAUUCGGGGUCACCGAAGAUCUGUCGAGCUAUCCUCGCACAUGGGAUAGUGACAUGGAGAAAUUGGAAGUACUCGAUAAGGAACUGGCGGGCUUGAAGCAAGAAGCCCGGGGGCGGAUUACAGCCAUCUUCGCGCCAACCUCCAAGAUCAUGUACCCUACACAGCCGCCCUCGUCCGAAAUCGACGGCGAAGGCUCCUUUGUUACAAUUACGCCUCUCUCGAAGAAACUAGAAGGCUCCUCUCGUCCCGUCUUCUUCCGCGGCGUCGCAACUGUCUGCAUGAAGCUUUUCAACGCCAUGACUCCAGAUCGUGUCUAUUUCGGACAGAAGGAUGUGCAGCAGACCGUCAUUAUCAAGCGAAUGGUUCAGGAUUUUCUCUUGGGCACCGAGGUGCGAGUAGUUCCAACUGCACGCGCGGCAGACGGGCUAGCGAUGAGCUCGCGGAAUGUCUACUUGGGUGAUCGGAGGCGGUCGGUCGGGCUCACCCUUUACCGGGCACUGAGUGCGGCAGAGGAAGCCUAUAAGGCGGGCAAGACCGCGCGCGCAGAUAUCUUGGGAGCGGCCAGGACCAUUACAGACCGAGUUGUUGCGGAACAGCAAGCUCUUUCACCCACGGAGCGGGCGCUUUUUGAGGCGGAUUAUAUCUCCUUGGCCGACCCUGAGACUCUAGAUGAGUUGGAAGUCGUUGAUCCCAGCAAGGGAGCGGUCCUGAGUGGUGCUUUCAAAAUGGCGCCUUUGGAAGAGUCCAAGCCGGGCGAAGAUUGCGGACUGGGGGAUGGCAAGGUGCCGGUGCGUCUGAUCGACAACCUCAUCUUGCCACCCCGAGAAUGA